GUCCAAAAUUAUUCCAUUAAUUUUUCUAUGCUCGUGUGUAUCAAAGUUAACUGUUGGUAAUUAUUAUCUUUAAAUAUUUUGUUGUGCUUGGUGAACAUUUUACACUAUUUUAACCUUUUAUAGUGUUGUAGAUAGAACAAACAAUAGCAUGGCCGCUGUAGAGCCGCAAGUGUCUUAUGUAUCUACAGAUAUUACAGGAUUCUUGGAGAUGGUCAUAUCAAAACUCGGAUGGAGUGAUCUCUCUGAUGACAUCGUCAUGGAUGUUGGUUGCGGUAAUCCAAAAAUAAAAUUAGCAAAUCUUCUUGUCAACUUUUUUCCGAACGUCAAACAAGUGAUAUGCAUAGAUAAGAAUUUAAUGAUGAUCCAUUACUUGAAAAUCAGCAAAAGACCAUCAAGCAUUGUCUAUCAGUGCGCUGAUAUCGAAAACAGGUCUUCUCUAAUCAAAUGGGAAGGACAAAUUGCCAAGGUCAUUUCAACUCAUUGCUUCCACAUGCUGCACGAUCAGAGGGCUGGCUUCCAAAAUGUUUAUAAUUUACUAAAACCAGGUGGAGAGGCCGCCAUUCUUUUUUGUGUGCAAUCUGGUUACGUUGGUUGGCACUGUGAGCUUAGAGAUGAUACAAAGUGGAACAAAUAUUAUAAUGGCAAUGCGCCUGAAAUUCCUUCAACUCAGUUAACGAAUAUAGACGAUUCUUAUUACACAGCCAUGCUAGAAGAAAUUGGAUUCCGAAUAAUUCUCUGUGAGAAAGAUAGAAUUGGUGUUCCUUUCGAAUCAGAAAAAGCUUGGAAAGAUAUGACUUUCAAAUUAGCCCUUUCGUCAUUCGAUAUUCCUGAAGACUUGCAAGAAGAGUUUAAAAAGCACUUGUUCGAAGCUUUCUUGAAACAUAACUGCAGAACUGAUAACGGUUUACCUUGCCAAUCUUCUUAUUUUCUCACAGCUCUUCUACGAAAACCCGAUGUUAUGAAUAAUUGAUUGCAACGGAAGAAAGAAGUGUGGCGCUGAUGGAUUUCCUUUAUUGGAUAUAUCAAAUUAAAUCCGUUGGUAGAAUGGAAUAUAAUUUUUUUUUAUAUCUAGAAAGUGAUUUUAUUCAUUUUGAA